AUGCUCUCCCUCACAACCGCCUCCGCCGAAGAAAUAGGGACACCAACCCCCAUAGGAUCGUUCGUCUACGCUCUCCCGGAUGCAAUCGAGGCGACUCUGGAGUUCACCUCGAGGCUGGCAAAGCUGGUUGCCAAGAAGACCCAGCUGCCCACGUACGUGAGCAACUCGAUCAGUCUCGCCAGCACCGGCCUCGGAGGCACGAUGGAGGAGGAGAUGGAGGCCUACAGGAAGGUCGUCGAGGUCGUCAUGCCCCGGAUCCAGCACCUGGCGCAGGGCGCCGCCCCCUUGCCUAACGGGGUGAACAGCUCGUGA